AUGAACGUGACAUAGCCAUUGUCUUUUCAUAAUAUGGAGAAGUAGUUGAUGUACAUUUGGUUUGUGAUAAAAUAACUGGAAAAUCUAAAGGAUUUUGUUUCCUUGCAAAUAAAGAUUAAUGAUCAACCAUAUUGGCUACUAUAAUCAUGCUGA